AUUUUGAAGUCCUGUUCGCAGCCAGGAAAGCACUAAGCACAAGUUUUGGUACUCAGCCGAGUGAGCCUUCUACCUGGCCAAGGUCUUGUCCGCGGUCCCUAGCCUACAAAACAACGCAGGUGACCGGAGAGGUCCUAACUGUUACUGAUCGAUGAUGGCCUUGCAGAAAGGGACGUUUGCUGGCGUUUUACUUUGUGUCGUCGUGUCCAUGACUGUUGCUUUACAGGUGUCCAUCCCUCAGCGGUCCUAUGAGUUCGCCAGGGGAGACAACAUCACUAUACCAUGCAGCUUCAAACCCAAGAACCCAGUCAACACUCUGGUCGUCAUAUCCUGGUUGGCUGAAGCAGACAAACCCGGAGAGCCAGAAGUGUCCGUCCUUACCUCCUACUCUACUGGUGUACUGGACAUCAGUGACCGGUAUGAAGGAAGAGCUUCCCUGGAGCAGGACCUAGCUAAAGGAGUAGCCAACCUGAAGCUCUCCUCCAUCGGUCUCCAGGACAACCGACAAUUCGAGUGUCGGGUCGCCAUCCCCAAGGAUGACAAGGGUCAGCUGGCUGACACCACCCGUCUGGUGGUCCUGGUGGCUCCCUCUGUGCCUGUCUGUAAGAUCGAUGGGAAGGCAGAGUACUUCCAGAACAUCAAUCUCACCUGUCAGUCUGAAGAGGGCUCUCCUCUUCCUACCUACAAGUGGCAGGGCUACGACGUCAGAAACACGCCCCGAGCACCUGCACCCAGGACAACAGACAAGGAUGGUGUCCUGUCUCUCUUCAACCUCACCAUGGAAUCCUCAGGAUACUAUGUCUGUACCUCCACUAAUAAGAUCCGCAGCGCCAAAUGCAACCUGACGCUGUCCGUCAUGCCACCGUCUAUGACCCUGGGUUCAACAGCGGGUAUCAUUGGCGGCGUUGUAGUUGGUGUUCUGGUGCUGCUCAUCGUCCUCAUCUACUGCUGCUGCUGCAGAAAGAAGAAGGAGAAAGCAGAGGAGUACGUUAUGGGGGUUCCAGAGGGGGAGGAGUUCCACGACGACAAACCCGUGGUGAACGGCGAGGUUCGCCAGACGCGCAGCAAGGAAGGCGACGAUGAAGACCACCCACCCAAGAUCGUGGACCGUCGCGACCAGUACAAGGAACGCAGUGAGACAGACUACGAUGACCGCCGCAGCGACUACGAUGACCGCCGCAGCGACUACGAUGACCGCCGCGAGCGCCACGAUGACCGCCGCGAGCGCCACGAUGACCGCAGGGACCAGGACGACCGCUACUCUGACCGCCGUGACCGGUACGACCGUGAUCGUGUUUACGAUGAACGCAGUGACGGCGGACGAUACAGUGAUCGUUAUGAUGAGCCCUACGAUGAUCGUGACAGACCUCCCAGUGUACCGGCCAAUAAACCUGCUAAGCCUUCUAAAAAUAGAAUAGAUUAGAACCACUUAAUGUUUACCGCAACUUGUGUUUGGAAUGGUUGAAAAUAUAAUGAAUAUUAUAAACAUAGUAGCUGCUGUAGGUCAGGCUUCACAAAGGGCCUAGCUACCAGGCUGAACUCGGUCACAUCAACAACAGGACGACAGUAACACAACAAAGUAAGAGGCUGUAGAUCAGGGAUCAUCAUAGAUUCAGCUGUCGGAUGGUGUUUUUCCUUCAGAAGAGGUUGAGGACCGAAACAUAAUUCUAAAUCAUUUGUAGAUGGCAAAUUGACUGCAAGAAACCCAAACGGAUGUAAUAUUUGACAAAUGUAUAAUAAUUUAGGACCUUGCUUACAUUUGUAUACCCUCACAUAUAUAUACAUUUGUAUACCCUCACAUAUAUAUACAUUUGUAUACCCUCACAUAUAUAUACAUUUGUAUACCCUUACAUAUAUAUAUACAUUUGUAUACCCUCACAUAUAUAUCGCUCUUAUGUGUGGGAAUACUUGAACAAAAUGAAAAUCACUUGGAGCUGAUUUCCUGGUGUUUGUACAGUCUUUUAUGUUUAACAAUAGCAAUUCUACAACAACAACAAAAAUUAUAUAUAUAUAUAUAUAUAUAUAUAUAUAUAUAUAAUCAUUUCUGGGUUGAGAAAAGUUGGGGGGGGGGCAAAUAAAAGGGUCUGUCAGUUGGGGAACCCUGCUAGAGACCAUGCCGACGAGAGGUGGAGCGGCGUUGUCACUGUCAUCUAUGGCCUUCAAUGUGGAGUAUCACUGUCAUCUAUGUAUAGGCCUUCAAUGUGGAGUAUCACUGUCAUCUAUGUAAAGGCCUUCAAUGUGGAGUAUCACUGUCAUCUAUGUAAAGGCCUUCAAUGUGGAGUA